CUGAGCAACGGAGAGUUUAGCUGCGGCAUUUGAAAUGUUUUUAAUUUAUUAAUAAAAUUUAACAAUUAACCUUCAGUUAAUUAAUAUCAGUAUGGAAGAAACUCCCUUAUCACAUCAUAAACGUCUAGCGUAUUGCACAACCCGUCUGCAAUAUAGGCAAGGACGCGAACUUAAAGCUGUAAAGGUAUAUACGGUUGCUAGUGAGUCGCGGCAUAUAUUAAUCUUUGGUGUGCCAAAGGUCAAUCUACACUCUGAAAUCAAGAAUAAACUGCAACAAUUUGGGAAACUGCGUUCCUUCAGCUGUGUUAGCAGCGAAAUGGCUGGACGAAUUGAAUUGGAGGCCUUUACAGACGUCUAUGCGGCACAAUUUGAGCGUCUAGAGCACGCCCGACGUGCGAAACGCCAACUGGAUGCAAAACAGUUUUUUGGAGGUAUUUUGCACAUUUCCUAUGCACCUGAAAGAGAGAAUUUCCAAGAGUUACGGGAGAAGCUGCUGCAGAGGCGUAAAGAGAUCAGCCAACGAUUGCAGCGCAAUCGGUCAGAACAAUCACAUUGAAAUUGUUUAAUUUAUAAUUUGUGGAUUUUAUUGAACGCCCUAACACAUGAUAACACGAGCCUCAAAAGCUGAACGAUGAUGAUCCUCGGUUGA